GUUCUCUGUGCUCCACAGAACGCUUUGUGAGUAUAAUGGUGCCCGUGUCCCCGGGGGAGAGGGACUCAUGGGGGGCCAUCGCAGGCAUCGUGCUGCUGGUCAUGCUGGUGGUGCUGCUGCUGGCCCUGCUACUGCUCUACCGCCGCCGGCAGAAAGACAAGCAAGCCAACACACCGACAGUCUCCUUCUCCACCUCACGCACCGUCAACUCCGAAUACGCAAUACCAGAUGUUCCUCACAGCUACCACCACUACUACAACCCCAGCUAUCACACAUUGACUGGGAGCAGACCCCCUCUACCACACGUCCCCAACAACCAGGACCGCGCCAUCAAGAACACCAAUAACCAGCUCUUCUGUGACGUGAAGAACAUGGAGAGGGAGAGAGGCCUGUUCGGGGUGGAGAGCAAUGCCACUUUGCCUGCAGACUGGAAACACCAUGAGGCUCGCAAAGAACCAGGAGCUUUCAGCAUUGACCGCAGUUAUAGCUACAGUGCCAGCCUUGGGAAAUAUUACAACAAAGUGACAGAACUAAAGGACACUGGGGUGGCAGCUAGCAGCAGUUCUCUGAACAGUGAGAACCCCUACGCCACCAUUAAAGACCUGCCCGGCCUACCCUUCGGCCCUCCUGAGAGCAGCUACAUGGAGAUGAGGACGGCUAUGCCCCAUGAGAGGUCCUACACCGAGAUCAGCCCUCCACCAUUCAGCACAGCAACAUUACGCAGAGAGCGCAGUUCCCUUGGGCAGGUCCUGGAGCAGGAGCCCCAUAAUCACUAUGACCUACCUGUGAACAGCCACAUCCCAGGACACUAUGACCUGCCACCUGUCCGACGCCCACCCUCUCCCGUACGCAGGAGACUGCCCCAAUGACACCAGCCCUACUCUGAACAUCACAACGCAGAAGAACUACUUUAAACUUUACUGCCAUUCAAAAACAUUGGUAGGAAGUUGUCUUGGGGUUAUUCAAGGCUACAAAACAGUCAGUUGCAGCAGUGACAGUCAGGGCAACCUGAGAAAGACAGCAGAUUAUGCCAAUGCUUCUGUCAGUGGGUUUACAUAGUAACACUGCCCCCUGGUGGAUUAAGGUGGCAUUUUAUCCACCGUUACACUCUUGUGAUCCAGACUCAAGGGCCAAGGCAUGUGGGGAUAGGCUUUGAGAAUGCCAGUAUCGCAGUUUGAGGACAUACAUGCAUGCAUUCGAGUUUGACCAAACUUGGGAUUCCUUCAAAUGUUAUUUUCAUAUUGCGGAUAAAGGGACUUGGCUUUUGGAGCACAUGAUUUGGCAUACAAGCCUUUUGACCAGAAUUACAUAAACCGGGACGGCAAUUGAAAGGCAUUUUUAUAUCUCCAUGAUGUCAGUAGUUUAGUAUGAUGUCCUCUCAAGCCCCUUUUCCCCUCCCCUAUAGACAAUAGAAUGUCAGCUUCCAAUUAGGGGAAAUCCAGAGCACAUUUGUACAGCUAGCUCCUCAGAAUGUUUUUCAAUGUAAUCAUGCAAUAUGUUGUAUAUAAUGUACAUUAAAUGGCUUAACAUUGUA